CCCCGGUCCUCAUUGUGCAGCCGAGGAAACAUCGCAAGGUUUCGACGACGUUGGUAUGAAAUGGCAGAAAGUGCUUGUGUCGCGGAAGCACAAAGAUUAGGUUGCGUUGAGGCUACACAUGUCUUCUGCAAUGAUCCUGGCCUGCUAGUGUGAGGGAAACGGGAGCGUAUCCGAAGGGAAAAAGGGAUUAAAGAGCUGUUUUACUCUGAAAAAAAAAAAAAAAAACAACAAAAAAAAAAAACCGUCCGGGGUUGUGUCUCUCCAGCAGGCAGCAAACGGCGACUGCGGGUCGACACUGUUGGAGUUAACCGGAGAGGGUCUUGAAAGGAGAGCUCCACUUGGAUGCCCAGUCACAGCGUUUGUCCAAGGCUUCACCAUGAACCGGAACAAGCGUGAAAAGGAGUACUACAGUAUAGAUGUGGGCGAUUCAACUUUUAUGGUUUUAAAGCGCUACCAGAACCUCAGACCCAUCGGAUCCGGAGCACAGGGAAUCGUCUGUUCAGCGUAUGACCACAACUUGGAGAGGAACGUCGCCAUCAAGAAGCUGAGCCGGCCCUUUCAGAAUCAAACUCACGCAAAACGCGCCUACAGAGAACUGGUGCUCAUGAAAUGUGUCAACCACAAGAACAUUAUCGGCCUAUUAAAUGUAUUCACACCACAGAAGACACUGGAAGAAUUCCAAGAUGUGUAUCUAGUGAUGGAGCUGAUGGAUGCCAACCUCUGCCAGGUGAUUCAGAUGGAGCUGGACCAUGAGAGACUCUCCUACCUGCUCUACCAGAUGCUGUGUGGAAUCAAACACCUGCACUCUGCUGGCAUCAUACACAGGGACCUGAAGCCCAGCAACAUUGUGGUGAAGUCUGACUGCACACUGAAGAUCCUGGACUUUGGCCUGGCCAGGACAGCAGCCACCGGCCUCCUCAUGACGCCCUACGUGGUCACACGCUACUACCGCGCCCCUGAAGUCAUCCUGGGCAUGGGAUACCAGGCCAAUGUUGAUGUCUGGUCUGUUGGCUGCAUCAUGGCUGAAAUGGUCCGGGGUAGUGUGUUGUUUCCAGGCACUGAUCAUAUCGACCAGUGGAAUAAGGUGAUCGAACAGCUGGGCACGCCGUCUCAGGAGUUCCUGAUGAAGCUCAACCAGUCGGUGAGGACCUACGUGGAGAACAGGCCACGGUAUGCUGGCUACAGCUUCGAGAAGCUCUUCCCUGACGUCCUGUUUCCUGCAGACUCUGAACACAACAAACUGAAAGCGAGCCAAGCCCGAGACCUACUAUCUAAGAUGCUGGUAAUAGACGCGUCAAAGCGGAUCUCAGUGGACGAGGCUCUCCAGCACCCUUACAUCAACGUGUGGUACGACCCUACUGAAGUGGAGGCACCACCACCCGUGAUCACAGACAAGCAGCUGGAUGAGAGAGAGCACACAGUGGAAGAGUGGAAAGAGUUGAUAUAUAAAGAAGUGUUGGACUGGGAAGAAAGGACAAAGAAUGGCGUCAUCAGGGGACAGCCAGCGUCCAUAGCACAGGUGCAGCAGUGAGCAGCAGCCCGCAGCAGCACCACCAGCACCACACCUCCACGUCCUCCUCCGCCGACGUCUCCUCCAUGUCCACUGACCCGACCCUGACCGACACCGACAGCAGCCUGGAGACGGCCAGCGCCGCCGCUGUCCCCGCCGCCGCCGCUGCUACAGCCAACGCUCCGCUGGGCUGCUGCAGAUGACUAUCAUCUACACCCCCUCCCGGUCCUGGGCUGGGCCUCAUCCCUGGUCACAUCCAAGACCACUAGCCCGACACUGGCUCCUGGCCCCAACCCCUUGCAUUUUCCUCCCCCACCUCCUCUCUGUGCUUGUCUUCAGUAGUGUAGCGAUUAGCCAGCUAGCUGUUUGAAAAAUAUUUUGAUUUCUGAAAGGACAAAACUUUUUUUUUCUUUUUUAUUACAGUUAUAGUCUUUUUUUUUAAAUUAGGAUUUCUUUUUGUUUGAGUCCUAGCUGUAAUUUAUUGUGGCAUUUGUUAAUUUUUCAGAAACCUAAGAUGAUGAUAAGAGAAUUUUUAUGAUUUCACUAUGUUGCGGUUUGUAUUAACCGACAGUGAGAAUUUAAAGAAAUAUCUGUAAAAUGUUUUAAUGUGAUCUAUUUUUCUGUUGAAAGUCAUUUGUUUCACUUGUAAGCUACUGCUUUUACAACUUGCCAUAUAAAUGUAGAUUGAGUUUGUACAGAUUUUACUGUAGAUGUAGUUUUAUCUUCAAUACAAGUUUGCAGUGAGCCAUUGAAACAUAAUUGAAUUGACAAACGUAUGGUCUUAGUACUCCUCUUAUCUGUUUUAUCUCAUAUAAUAUGGAUACUGUUUUAAAUGCAUAUGACAUAUCCAUUUAUUUGAACUGAGAUCAUGUAGAUUUACUUGUACAUUUUUUUUUCUUGUGAGUCACUACUUCCUACAUUGUAAAAUUCUAAUGAAAGCUUUAUAAUUUCCUCAUUCUUCACUUCCUGUUCAGACACGAUAGGAUUUCAAAACAAUUGUCACUCACCAUGUUAUCCUAUUUACCGUCAUACAUUUAAGUUAUGGGAUUGAUAAUGGCACAGUUUGGUCCCGCAAGAUAACUUGGAGCUUUUUUGAUGUCUUCUGUAUUUUUAAGUGCUUUAAAGUACCUCUUCCUCUUGUCUGCAACGGGCUGUGUGACAUUAUGGAACUGGCGUGUGGUGGUUUUGCUUUGGAGGACUGGAUGCACGGAGCUCUUUCACGUUCUCCACUGGCUUGCUUCGACAGUUCAGGACUUGAGAUUGUUUUGGGGGUUUUUUGCCGUGCUUUGGGAGGUUUUUGGAGAUGUGUAGUUGUGUGAGGUUGUACAAACGGUGACGGUGUCAGUAGAAUGUGCUUCAGUCAAGUAGGGAAUUUUGAUAUUGAGAACGCAUGUGAACGUGUUGAUAUUCGGUGUUUUGAGGGGAUAGUGAUUCUGCAGCCUGAUGGAACAGUGUGAAAAGAUGUCUUGCUUCCUACUAACCAGAUCCUGUUAUUAGUAAUGUACUUUUGUCAAUUUGGACAUUUGAAAGGGAUUUUUCUAAAAGUUGGCCAAACACUUUGUGCACCAGACUUGCCUGCAAUUUUGAAUAAAAGUAGAAGAACCUAAAACAUAGCAUGUUAAACCGCAGCACAAACAACCAGAGUCAAAAGAAACAAAUUAUUCUUAUGGUAUGCAAUAAUAGUGCCCUUUUUUUGAGUGUUUUUGAUUUUGCUUUGAAAGGAAAAGUGCCUGUUGUUUGUCAUUCAUUCCUGGGAGGAAGUGUGUUCAUUAUGUGUAGGUUUUUAUGGCGUCUGGAUAACAACAGUAGUUUCCAUAUCAAACCAAUAACGUAUGAUGGGGUUGUAGUUCUCACAAAUGUGUCGUAUAUUUUUCUACUUGUUUUGAUUUUGACCCUUGAGUGGGAGACUGUGGUGUCUUGCAGGGUAAGAAGGUGAUGACGUAUACGUUGAGAUGCUUAACCGUGUGUUUGAGUCAUUUCAGAAGAAAAGGCAGGUUUAUCAAGGUCUUUCAUCAAAGUAAAAAAGAAGUCGUUCUUUGCAGUGACAGCAACCGAAAUAUAGGUUAAUAACAGUUUUUUGGCUUUUCUUUGAAUACUAAUUUAAUGUGAUGAUUCUAAGAGUGAACAAGAUAGACAUGUUGUAAAAUUAAACUACUGGAUCAAACUAAAUGAGCGAACUCUGCGACUGCAUUAUUGUCAGUAUUUUGUGGUGGUUUGGGAUAUUUACAGAUCGAUGUUUUAGUUAUGAAGACAUAUCUGUAAGGCAGAGCCAAAUUAUUCAACACUCGUGCUACUAACUGGAAAAAUACUCUAAUCAUAGUUACUCAAGUUUAAACAUGCCGUAAUAGCUUAAAGCUAUUUAGGCAAGUUGUGUAAUGGUUUCUUGACAUCAUGAAUAUCUGUCUUAAAUCAAUGAAACAAGUGCUAUUUUCAGUUAAAAUGAUGUUGAGGUUUCAUGCAGCCAUUCUGCCUGCUAGAAAUGUUUGCAUAACUAAACUUCCUAUCUGCAAGAGGCAGAGUUGGGAUGUAUUGUGCUGUCAUGGAUCACGAGCAGGUGUUGUGGAUGUUGACAGCAGAGGCAUAAACAUUACUGUCUGUCUAAGAACCUGUCUUGGUCUUCGAUAUAGACAUUUUUCUAGGAGGCUCAAAGAAAAGUUGCAAGAAAGUUUGUCUUUAGACUGUAUCGUAUGCUACUGUAGCUCUGUGCUGUGCUCUGCUUUAGCAAAUUGUCGUUGUCUGCCAAAUAUGUAAGGCUAAACAUGGACGUAACCGAUUAUUUAAUGGUUGUGCCUCCUCCCUUGCAAGUUCUGGACUUGCACCAGCUAUUCGUAAAUCCAUUACUAAGUGUGUGUGUGUCCUGCCUACGUUCUCAGUUACAACUAGCUAGUUUCUAACUAUUGAUUUAGUAAAUUGGGUUGCACCAUUAAAAUGCAAGGAAUGACUUAGCCAGUAAAAACUAUAAUUAUUAUUAUUAAAUUGGAAAUAAUCUGUAGCACUGUAAGAUCAAAAUCUCCAAAACUGUGUAAAAUGGACGUUACUGUAGCAACACUGUAACCGCUUUAGUCGGCCAAACGAUAUAUUGAAGUUAAAAUCCGGUCCUUGUGAAUGUAGAUAUGAUUAUGUUUAUUUAUAUAUGCAUAAAUAGAGAAGUGUGUGUUAGUGUAGUAUAAAUAGUGUAGAAUAAGUGAGAAAUAUCUCAUUCCGCUAUUACACUCAGUUUUAUUUGGACUUUAUUCUAACAUUAUUGACAUAACGUUUUGUACUUUCUGUUAUUUCUGUGGAAUUUGUUUUAAAAUGAUCAACUUCUUCUAAACAGCAUUUUAUGAAGCGUAUGUCAGAGCAUCAACUAUAACACAUUACCUCUUUUACUCCACACUUUAAACGGGUAAUAGAUUAGCAGACUUUAGCUUUGUCACCGAGCUUAACGGUUAACGUAUAAUACAUUAACAAGAAAUUGUUAGCUGCGUCAUUGAGUUACAGGACAGUCAACAUUUGAUGUAUUAGCAAGUUAAUGUUAGCUUUGCUAGUUAGCAGCACAACUGGUGACAUUUAAUAUAUUAGCACGCUAAUGUUAGCUUUGUCAGUUAGCUAUGCAGCAGUUAAACAUUUACUGGGUGUAAAUAUUUAGGACUAGCUAAUCUGUGUACGAACGGGUUUAUGUGGUGCAACCCAUUUUAAUUUCGUGAUGUGUUAAUCUCAACUUCGUAAACACUUCCGUUCUAACUAAGUUUGAACUUACGAACAGCUGGUGCCACUGGCUCCUGCUCUCUUUUUGGGCAAUUUAAAGGAAAGAUUUGUGAAUUAUUGAGCAACAAGUUGGUUUGUGAGGUGCAGUGGCAGCAAUGGAGAGCCAGAUUAGUACAAGACUAAAGUCAGUCUGCUGUCAGUUAUUUUAGAUUCCUACAGCAAAAUUAAUGUCCAGUGGUAAAUGUGCAGUAGCAUUUCGACAAACAAGUAAAAACUAGGACUUAAGCAGUGUCACAUUUAUAAGAAGGGAGUUUGUGGUGUGUAUCCAUUUGUCAUAUUAGCCCAUUUGUCGUAUUAGCUAAAAUAAUCCAUCAGAAAAAAAACACAUUGUUGUCUAAAGUGCUCUUAAUUUUCUUAACCCAACAUUAGGGGCUUUAAUUUGAGUAUUUUGUUGUUGUUUUUUUCUUCUUCUUAGGUUGUUGUUGCUUUUUUUUUUAUAUAUAAUUACUGCAUCUCUCCAAACAAUGUCAUUCUGAUUUAAGUCGGCUUUGAUGAACUACCUCACGCUGAAUUUCUGCCAGUUCUUGCAUAUACUUAGUCGCCUGCAGAAUUAGCUAUCGAAGACGUGUGAAUAACAGAUUCCAUUAUUUAUUUAUUUGAAAGUGUACUAUUUGUUGGUUUCAACAGACUUCUAGUUUUGUACAUUAUGUAUACUUCACCUAGAAGUAAGAGAAUUGUUAUAUGUAUUUUUUGUUCUUUUUUGUUUGUUUGUUUUUAAACUAAAUGUGCAAUACCUUCAGCAAACUGUGCUAGUAGUAUGUGAUGGGCCUAGCCCUUGUUAGCUGUCUCCUGAAGGUAAAGAAAAUGUUUGGUACUGUCAAUCCAUGUUUUCCUUUUUUAUGAAUAAGAUCAAUUUUUAUUUCUGUGACUUGUUUAUAGUCAUGAUGUUACGUAAUCAGCCUUACCCACCAAACAAAUCUGUCGGCCAAGGUUUGAUGCAGAGACGGGAAGUUCUUUGAGUCACAACGUGGCCAACAGAUUUUGAUUUAGAAUGUGGUAAGGACAAUAAUGUUAAUAAACACAAAAAAGAUAAGUAAAUACCUACAAGAAAUCAUUAUAUGUAUGGUGCUGGUUUGUAAUGUUUGCUAGUGAAUCCAGCCAUGCAAGUAGUUUUAAGAAUUCCUGGAUCUGCGCGUCCCAAAAACCGCAACCAACGAAGAAGUGCACUACUAGAAUACAUGCACUGGGAUCUGAUGAUGCCACCUCUUUAAAAAAAACAAUAAAAAAAAUAUGUACUGCAAAUAAAAGAAAUACACUUUGA